AUGACAGUCAAGGAAGACGCAAUGCUCCCGCCAAGAUUCCGGGCAAUGGAGGCCCAGGAAUUAAAGACGGUGAUAUUGACGGAGGACGAGAUCAUCAAGCUGAUCCCCUUCGGCAAACAAGUGCGCAAGCAGUUUGGAUUCGCAUGGACCAAAGAAGGAUACCUUUGUGCCCCAUACCGACACCUGGUGGAUGAGCUUGAUAAGCAGAGCAAGCCGCUCUUUGACAUUGAUGUGAAAAUCUCGAAUGUCAAGGAUUAUGCCAAAGCGAAAAUACGCGCCGCAUAUUCAGAAGCCUUCACCUCCAAAGGCACCCUCCGUCAGCGCAAGGGCAAGCAAGUCCUGGAUAGCAUGAAGGCUCGCCGAGCCACAGCCCGGAAGCCGUUCAGCAGCAUUGAUCUUCAUCAAACAGAAAUAUAUUGUUCCGGCGGUUUGUGGGGUCCCUCUGACUCACCAUUCUCCGUUGGUCUCUCUGAGUGGACAGUUAUCUGCUAUCUCGAGUUUUCUUUGCAGAUCCUUAGAUCUGCCAUGCGACUGUUACAGAAAGGAGGACAGCAGAAGCAAGAAUACUGGAUCUCUCUAUUGAUAAGUCCUGAAUCAAGAAGCUAG